UUGAUGCCAACUGAAUUUGUAGCCACAGUUUCUGUGAACCUACACGUGGAUUGACGGAUCGAUCAAUCUUACAGUUAAUAGUAUAAUAUAAACAAAGUGCAUCUUCAGUAGUGUCAUCAGUGUAACGCGAAAUUCCAAUCCGGCUGGUAGUACGUCCUAAUCCUGUGAAACAAGACACUAAGUCCAAGCGAAAUCCCAGCUGAUGAUCGGCCCACUAUUGAUAAGGAAAUAAGAAGAUCAAAUUGUUUUGUAAUUGUUCGAUUAUGGCCGAUGAAUGCAAUAACAACACAGGGGUUGAUGGCAGGGAUUUAAAACUAACGUUGCCGGAUCCACAACCAGUGGAGCAUCAGCACAACCACCAGAGCAGCGUGGCGAGUUGCGACAGUAAAGUUCGAACCUAUACCUACAAUGAAGCCCUGGAACUGGUGGGCACUGGACGGUUCCAUACGCUACUACUGUUUGUCUGUGGUUUCUGUUUGAUGAGCGUGAUCAACGAAACGCUCAACAUGGGAUACAUAAUCUCCGCAGCAGAAUGCGAUCUAGGGUUGAGCUUCUCCGACAAAGGUAUACUGAAUGGGGCAGCGUUCUGUGGUGUCGUGGCGAGUUCCCAUCUCUGGGGUUUCCUGUCCGAUACGUGGGGUCGUCGGAAGGUGAUCCUGCUGGCCACUAGCUGUAGCUUACUGUUGUCGAUCGUGUCCAGUUUUUCUGGGCACGUCUGGAUGUUGAUCGUUAUGCGAUUUGGUGUUGGAUUUUUUAUUUCAGGUAACGCUGCGACAUCCUACGCAUAUCUGGCGGAAUUCCAUACGGACAAAUCUCGUGCUGCAGUGAUAGCUUGGGCAGCCAUGUUUAUGGCUUUCGGUUUGAUCUACCUACCGUUGACGGCUUGGUUCGUCAUUCCGCUGGAUACUAAUCAUAGUUUAAACCUGUAUAUAGGACUUCUAGGAAUACGAUAUAGUCUUUGGCGUGUCUAUCUGCUUCUGAGUUCCUUCGCAAGUAUUCUCAUUAUCUGUGGAAUGCUAUACCUUCCCGAAAGCGGUAAAUUUCUUCUCACUCACAACAAUGAUAACGAGAAAGUGUUGCAGAUUUUGAAAAAGAUGUACUGUUGGAAUCGCAGGGAACCCGAAUAUACGUUCCCGGUGAAAUCUAUUGGCCUGGAUGCGAUCGACAGUGCCUUCGCCGACGAAAUGCGACGCAAGUCAAGCCUCGGGCUGCGGUAUGUCUGGGAACAGACGGUUCCAUUGUUCCGGUAUCCCCUGAUCGGUAAUACAGCUCGGGCGUCGUUUCUCAUGUUCGGCUUGUUUAUGGCAUCGUCGGGUCUACUAAUGUGGUUGCCGGACAUCUUGAACACGUAUAUAAACUAUAAAGAUAACAAAUUCACCAUCUGCGAGGUGGUGAACAUAAUCCACCGGAAUCGAACCGAACGAUUGGAUGCCGGAGGUAGCGACCACUGCCAUGUGACCAUCAAUUCUUCGAUUUUUAUGAUUAGCACCAUCAUGGGAAUCCUGUUUUUACUAUCUUACAUUCUGAACGGUGCCAUCAUAAAUCGAGUCGGGAAGAAAUUGUUGCUGAACAGUUGGUACGUGGCGUGCGGUUUAUGCGGAAUCGGUGCACUGUGGACUUCCGAUUUCUACCUGACGCUGUCGAUGAUUGUGGUUUUCCUCGCCGUUGGCUGCUGCGGAUCGGUGCUCAGCGCCAUAUCGGUUGAUCUAUUUCCAACUAAUUAUCGGGCGAUGGCAUUGUGUCUGAUACUGAUGACCGGCCGGCUCGGAGCCAUGGUUGGUAGCAAUUUGGUAGGGUUUCUGCUUACCUACAACUGUGAUCUUAUCUUCGUCCUGCUCGGUGGACUGCAAAUUGUUUGUGCUCUAAUUGGUACGACCUUACCGGGGAAAUGACGGAGAGCUAACCAGGCUCAAAGAAUUCACCGGAGAACCGGAACAGCCACCACCAUAUCCAUAACACUGCUGCUGCUCACUGUAACGAUUGCUGUUUUAUACAGAAUUGAUCAGCGUUAUGAUUCGGAUAUAGCUAUACAUUGAAAAACUUUAUUUAAAUAAAUCUUUAAAAAAAUUA